CAUGUCCUGUUCUGAACACUGGCUGCAUCGUCAGUGACAUGGCUGGAGAAACGGCUCCCCCUGGUGGCCAAGACUGCUAUGUCACUGCCGACAUUCAUGAAGGACUGCGAAGCAUUGCUGAACCACUGCAAGUACAUCGUUCUGGAAAUAUUCACUUGCAUGGUGAUGUUUCAGUCGUUUGCAAUGACGAGUAUGAGUUGCAGGUAUUGUGGACAGUGCGAGGCUCCAACCAGACAACUCCAGAAGAAGUGAUGGAUGAGAUGCUUCCUACUGACGCCCCAAUAAAUGAUGUUCAUCUCACUAUACCACCCAAAACACUACCCCUAGGAGUGCAUAUGGUUCAGUUUCAGGUUCUGAUGAAAGUGACAGGAAGAGGCCAUGUUUCUGUGUCAGCUGCACAAACCUGGGUGGACUUUGUCAGAGUGCCUGUUGUGUACAGCCUUGGAAGUUCCCUCAGAACUGUGCAGAUAGAUGGUGAGGUCGUUGUGAGAGCCGACUCGUCAUUUGACCCUGAGGGACUCCUGCCUGCCAGUGGAUUCACCUAUGAUUGGACAUGCAGACUGACCCAUCUGCCUGCUAAUUCAGCGUGUGGUCAAUGUGCUACCGGGACGUAUGUCCAGGACCCCUCGUGGGUGGUGAGUUCGUCCGGCACGCCGUGGAUCUGGGGCGGAGUGACCUAUGAUGCUGGGAAGGUCUUAGAUGGGAACUCUGGCACCUACUGGAACCCCCAAGGCACUGGCCGGUACAGCAACAACCGGAACAUCGUGUUGGAUCUCCGACUUCCUUAUUGUUUGACUCAAGUGGCUCUGAACAACUUUGGUGAUGUGGUACACGACAUCUCAGCCUUCACAUUGCAAAAGUCACAGGUUGGGAGCCCGUACAACUGGGAAGACGUUGUGUCCGUUACAAACGUGCAAGCAGGGACCAACCAGCGUCAGGAGUUUGACAGGUUCCAGGGAGAGGCGCGAUACUGGAGAUUCGUGGUCACUCAGACCCCCUAUGGAUGGCAGCCAUAUUUCAGGGAACUGGACCUCUUUGGAGUCCCAGAUCCAUCACACCUGGAGAAUAGCAACAUACCUCAAGGUCUCAACAUAGCCGAAGGACGAACAGCGUCAACAAAUUAUCCCCUUGCCGGCUAUGGACCUGAAAAGAUCGUUGAUGGAAACACAAAUACAAAUCAUUAUCAUGGCAGCUGCAUGCACAGCCAAGGGGACAAGCCCAAUGUUUGGGUGCAUAUAGAUCUGUGUCAGCCAUUCUCUAUCAACAGUGUCGUCAUACACAACCGAAUGGAUUUUGGCCCUGAAAGGGCUAACCCAUUCAACCUUCAUCUUGGGAAUUCCUCAGACAUCCUUCUGAACCCAACAUUGGGCGGAGACUUAAACUUUGACCUGUCCCAAACACCGAAGACGAUUCUUGUAAAUGGUUUGACAGCGCGAUAUGUCGGAAUCCUCCUCCCUGGACUUACUCGGACUUUACAGCUGUGCGAAGUGCAGGUGUUCGUGAAUAACCGGGACAUAUCACCUCAAGAAUCCUGUUUUUUGCUGGGAUGUCCCCAGAUUGACUCCCACCCAGGGGUGCUAGUGUUCGAGUCUCCACUGGACUCUACCCUUACAGACCUGAUUCCCAGUUUCCCUCGCCCUGCCGGCCUGGUAGCUGAUGUAAGCGUUGAGAUCACGGCUGGAGACCUUCCGCCCGUGACGCUUCACACCGUCAUUCACGUUGCACCAGACAACGCUUUGUCAGGACUGGAUAUACACUGUGAAGAAAAUUGCGAUCCAUGGAAAACACUGUCGACCCAGCCUUUGUCACUGUACACAGAUUCCGAGAUACUCGGAACUUCAGAAUUUUCCCUAGUAGAAUUCCCAGCAGACUUUCCAGGGCAGCAGUGGACUUCUGGCAUAGACAUCAUUACAACAGACCGUCUCAGAGUUCUUGCGGGGACAUUUUGGGUUGAUUACACACCUCUGUUUGACCUCGCUGUUGGUACAAUUCUGUUGUUUGUGCGUGGUCACUCAGUGGAUGGGCGCUUUUUCGAGUUUGAGCUUGCACCCAUUGAGAUAAGUCCACCGACAGUGUCUCAGCUACAGAGUUAUCUUGACAACUUCUACAUCCAUCCAAAUGGCCUGUUCUUUAGACAACUAUCUUUGGAAGACUCAGAGACCGCUUUUAAAAAUGCUAUACUUGCGUCGGCCGCAGCGGGACAUUUGGCUUAUACAGGACACGAUGUGUUGGAGCUUGUGGACAUGAUAACUACAGGGUUAUCAAUGGUGGUGGAAUUGGAGGAUGUUGAGAGCAUCAAUGGCAUGUCGCUCUCCCUGCUCCUUUCCACAGUUGUACCCGACAUGGUAUCUGGACAAUCCCAGGUACUGGCUGCUGCCUCCUUAAGAGCAGCUUUUGAGAGAACAAAGGAACUUGCAGGAAACACCACUGCAGGGGUGACACCAUUAAAUGUCGUUAACACACUGGCAGGCUUCAUGUUCUCUGCAACUGUGAACGUAAUGACAGCUUCAUCCCACUGGGCUGAAAUGGAUCAUCAUGCUGGGAAGUUCUUUUCACCCAAUCUUGUCUAUAGUCAAGAAGCCACCACGGUAUCUUUCCAAGCCUUGGACAUCAUGGAUGACAUUUAUCUAAACAAGCUGAUGCCAGAGUUCUCAGAUCCAGAAAUUUUUGCAGACAUUUCCAUGUCCAAGGUUCAUGUUAGAAUCAAACGGGAGAAUCGGACGAGGUUCUCAGAAAGAGUGUAUCAUGUAAGAGGAGACAGUGACUGCCUGGUCAGGGUUCCUUCAUUCCCAGACCUUCUGGGUGAUUCUUGUAUCGACAACGAUGUUGUUGGAAUUCAGUUUCUGGAGUCGAACUUCAACCCUUAUGAAUACUCCAACAACUCCAAAGAGGUCCAAGCAGAUGUCACGGGUCUUGGGGUGAAAUGUGGAAACCGCACAGUACCAAUCUCCGGUCUAACAGAUCCCAUCGACAUCUUGACCAGGAGGCAGAACGACAGUCUUGCCGAAUCAAUCUAUGUCUUUGAAGGGUCAGAACCACUCGACAACAUGGCGGUUUUUCGGUUCUUUGUGAGGAGCAACCACUCAGCAUUAAGCCUAAUUCUGGACUUCAACAGCACAGUCCUCCCGCAGAACGUUUCCAUGUUUCUCCGCAAGGAGGCGCCACCAACACCAUCAGACUACAACUGGACUACAGCACUACCCGUUUCUGAGGAAGGGAUAGUGUCUAUUCCUUGGAUAAAUGGAACAAAUCUUACGUCCAACCCUUACCACUGGCUGCUUUCGCCGGAGGACAUUGGCAUCACUGAUGCUGAUGUGGAGAACAUGACAAACUAUUUCGUUGGAGUACGGAUUGGUUCUGAGCAGGAGCUGGGGAGGGGAGACAUUGUGAACUUCACUCUGUAUGUCUUUGAAACAUCCUGUGUCUAUUUCAACGAAGAUCUCCACUUGUGGCAAAGUGACGGCUGUGAGGUUGGACUGAUGUCUAACACCAGCCACAUCCACUGCCGUUGUGAUCAUCUGACCAAGUUUAGCGGCUUUGUGAAACCGAACCCCCUAAACAUCGCUGAGGCGCUGUCUGCCAACAUUCUAGAGAACCCUGCAGGACUUGUUCUCGUUCUUACAUUGUUUGGAAUGUACCUUAUGGGCAUUGUUUGGGCCAGGAAGUCCGACAGGAGGGAUCUAGUGAAGGCUGGUAUUGGGAUUCUGCCUGGCCACAGACUCAACCCUAGGAAGGACUGCCAAUACGUCAUCACUGUUUAUACUGGGUUCAAGGCCAAUGCUGGGACAACUGCCCAGGUAACUGUCGUUCUGUACAGCCAAGACCAUGGGAGUCCGCCCUUUACACUCAGCGAUGAAAAAAGGAUUCUUUUUGAGAGGGGCAGCGUGGAUUCAUUUCUUGUGUCGACGUCAGAGCCGCUGGGGGCCUUACGUUUCCUGAGGGUUUGGCACAACAAUGGCGGCUACAGCCCGGAAUGGUGA